CCUCCCUCCCUGUGUUCUCCUCCCCGUCCUCCCGGUUGAUUCUGUGUUUGCUGCCUGCUCUAGGCGGGUUUAGCCCGCCUGUUUCCGCGCUGUCCGCCUUUGGGGGAGGUCCGGGCCGCCCCUGAUUGAUGGGGCGUGCAGAGUUGGAGAGUUGGAGUUCUGCGGGAUCCCAGUGUGGGCUGGAUGGAUGGGAAUGGGGAGAAGGGACGCCCCAUUCGGCCACCGGCUCCUUGGAAUACUGACCAUGGUUCUGUGGCUCCCAGCAGUCAGCUGCCAGUGCAGGAUUCUGAAGUGUAAUUCCGAGUACCUUUCUGCAACCUCUGGACUGCACACGGGCGCGGAAGAAUCGGUGGAGUUCUGCAUCGCUCUGCGAGCCUAUUCCCAGUGCACUCGCAAGACCGCGCGCGCCUGCCGCGGGGACCUGGCCUACCACUCAGCUGUCCACGGCAUCGAGGACCUCAUGAACCAGCACAACUGCUCCAAGGUGGGGCCCACGCAGGCCCCCCCGCGGACGCAGCCGACCUCCCUGGACUGCAUGGUGCAUUCGGACGCCCCCGAGGUCUGCAACUACGAGAAGAGCCUGCAGAGGCACGCGCCGCAACCCAACUACACGCACUGUGGCCUGUUCGGGGACCCCCACCUCCGAACGUUCACUGAUGCCUUCCAGACGUGCAAGGUCCGCGGGGCGUGGCCGCUCAUCGACAACAACUACCUUUUUGUCCAGGUCACCAACGUCGCUGUGGUCCCAGGCUCCAGCGCGACUGCCACAAGUAAGAUGCUGCCUGCCCUGCUGAGUUUCUCCAGCAAUUUCCUGUUUCCGUUUCAAAUGUUGCUCUGUUUGAAAUAUUGGUGUUUUUGUGUCUGUCCUGAUGAGAGCAAGACAAAAACAAAAGCUUUGCUGUAUCUGCUUUUCACCAACAAGAGCCUGUACCCGAUGAAGACAAUCUGAGCUAAUCGAAUAGACCUCGCAUGUGUUCGAAGGGUUACGUUGCAUUCACAAUGGUGUUCAACAACACA